CCGGGGUUGAAUUAGACCAGGCUAAGAGGCUUCAAGCAUCACAUCACGGCUUUUAAUGCACGUGUCCUCGAGCUAGAGGUCAGCUAUGUUUCCAGAAUGUUACCCUAGCAACUUUCUGAUCACCAACUAUUUUAGAUAGCAUAAAAAAAAAAAACAUCACAGGUUAGAUUUUUUGGGGCCGGGGGAAGAUUCCCUGCUUUCAUGGGCGACUCAGGGAACAUUUGUUGGAUUAUGGUGGAGAUUGCCUGCAGGAUUUCUGGCAUCUCUACAGCUACAGUGUUGUGUGCUGUCGGAGUGGAGACCCUUCAACAGGGAGACUUCAACAGCCUUGGCAUCUACCUGCUAGUGUCGUCUGUUGGCAUGAUGAUAUUUGAGUUGGCCUAUUUCCUGGAUGCACUUCUGCUCAUGUGCCUGCCGUGUCCUCCUGAGUGGCAGCUCUUUACAUUAUGGGGGAAGAUGGCUCAAGUUGGAGGCUUUCAGAAGUUCCUCUAUUAUUCCAUAAUGUCUGUAGUCUGUUUCCUGCAUCCUGUGUUGGUGUGGCAUGCAAUUAUUCCAGGGGCAAUGCUUCUCGUGACUGCCUUGUUCAACUUCGUACUCAGCAAGAAAACAAAGACCAAAGCCCUGAAGAAGCCUCAGGAGUGUUACAGAAGCCAAGGCCCCAGCACGGUAUGUGUAACAGAAGGGGUCGCCUCGGAUGGGACCCUCUCCCUCCUUCACAUGGUGACGGGAAAAAGAGUUGCUCUGGCAACCAGGGAUGAGUGCCACAGCCUGGCCGAGUGUGGAGGAGAGAGUUUCCAAGGCCUGCUGGAGCUGCAUCACACAAUAAAAGAGAGGAAGACGAGACCGACGUGGAUGAGAGGACGGAAGGAGCUUCUGGAGAGAGAGAUGGAGGAGAUGAGAGAGUUUGGGGAUUCAGAGCCAGAAACCACCUCGGAUACUGCACCGAUGAUCACUGACUGAUGCUCUCUGCAUUCCUUGUCUUAGCAAAUGUUGAGUUGGUGCUAAAAAUGUACAGUAUUUGAAAUAAACUACAGAUGACCGAAAUUACGUUUUUCAACAAUGACUAGUAAUACAUGUAUUUAUACAGGAUGAUUACAAAGCCAAGACUAGUUGAGUCUCUUAAAUUGAAUACAAUUGGGUCCAGGUAGGAUGCUCGCUGAUGUCAUUUAAAAUUUGUUACAAACGAUUGUUGCCGUAGGAUCAAUAUAAAGAAGAGUAAUUGCAUUCUUAAUAUAACCAACAGUGUAAAAGCUUGACCUUCACAGGACAGGCAUUUUUUUUUUUACUUGUAACUUUUUGACAUUUUGAAUGGUCAUUUUUUUAUUCCUUUGUUUACUUGUCUGUCUCACUGUAAUCUGUCACAAAAACUAAUAAGAGAAGCAGUGACAGAUUCACUCAUAGUGGGGAGCACCGCCACACCCUUUUACUUUGUCCUUUGGGUUGCAGGAGCUUUGCUCAAACUAUAGUAGAAAAGCCAUCUCUGAAUUAAAAAAAAAAAAAAAAAUGCAGCUUCCUUUUUUUUUUCGUCAACAGAUGGUCAUAAGACCAGCAAACAGAAGAGCAAAGGGCCCUCAGGCAGCUGAGAGGAUUCAAAUAUGAUGCAUUACAUUUCUUUUCAAGUUUAUCCAAUAUUUAAAUGUUUUUAAUUUAUUGUACAUUCUAAAAAAAAAUGUACAAUUUUCAAAACAUCCAGUUUUAUAGCAGGACUCCACUACAAUUAAUUCAUGCUAUCAACGUAGCAGCCAAGGUUGACAUUGACUUGUUUACACUCCUAAAGUUAGCAUAAUAGUGCCCACAUUAUUUUAUGGAAGCUGUUUUCUCUGAAUUUGAGAAUCAUGUUCGUAAACAUUAUUGGGAGCCCUCGAUUUGGUCAGAGACCGCAGGGGGCGUAAAUGAAGUCAGGCUGCAUUCAAAUCUUGCUUGCAGUUUUCACACUGCAAAUCCUUUCAUAAGCCUUUCUGGGAAUGGUCCUUCUUUAUGUGUCAUGCAAUAUGUAGCAAAAAGCCGAAGAAAGACAGCAACCAUGCAAAGAGUUAAUCCUUUGAGCUCUUAAAUCAGGUCUCAUGAGAUUUGCUGACACAAGUGAACAUGCAGUUAGAAUUUUUGUCUGGCUUUGGAGGCGUAAAAAUUCCUAAAAUUUCUGGUCAAGUUUCAAAUGAUUCGAUUUUAGAGGUUCGAUUGUGUCUUUUUUUCCUUUCAUGUGCAUGCUUUUACAAGAUGUUUUUUUUUCUUUUUUAAUGAUUAGCCAUUCGGACCAAUUUAUGGCCCACAUGGUGCCUUUUAGUCUAAUUUAGUCCAUAUUCGGAAAGCCUGAAUAGAACCGGGGGCAGUGACACUAAUGCGAGGCAAUCCAAUCCAGUUAAUGUUUCAUCCAUUAUUCAUUUGGCAAUAAACUGGAUGAAGUGUUUCACUCAUUCAGUGGCACUCGUGGAAGUCUGUGCAAAUGUGACAGGGAAAAGCUGGGGAAAAAAGCGUGCGCAGGUGUCACAGUCACAUUCAACAUGCCUCAUUGUGUGUGUUUAUCAAGUGUGAGUGGUCACCAUGGCAACCAGUCUCUGGGAGGUGAGACCAGACACUCCAGACCAAAGAGAAAAUGGAGUUAAUGUGUCCAACAAGGUUAUGCAUUGUUGACUGUGAUUUGUUAAACAUAUUUAAUGCCAUGCAUGGGCAAUAAUCAAAAGCCUACUUUUCAUUUGUCUCCAUGCUGAGGUUAUUCCUUUGUUCAGGCCGUAAAUCAAUACUGUCUGCAAAAACACUCACUUCAGCAUGUGUACACUCUUUUGUUGUCUAUCUGGAGCCUUAAUUGGACGAAUGAAAGCCACAGGGAGAAUCAA